AUGUGUAAGAAACACUCGGAUUUGAAUGCUCCCGAUGCCACACUUUCGUCCUUGGGCCUGGGCGUUUAUAGUAUGUCCUCUCUUACCUCCUUGGGCGCCGCGAUCUACGGCCAACUGGUCACUUUCGAUCAGCUUUCCCAGCUCGGCCAUCAUCACCAUCAUCAGCAACGCAAGCAGCAGCAGCAACUGACUGGGACAAAAACAGUCAUUACCACUACCUCCUCCUCCUCCUCCUCCUCACCACCACCACCACCUCAGUCACCACCGACUCCAGCUCUGGCUUCUACAACAACUUCCUCUCUCCUUAACGUGAUGUCCGCUUCGGCUUACGCGAAUCUGGACCCUUCCUAUUCCCUGAAAGGUAAGUCAUCGGCGACGGCGGCACCUCAACAGCAGCCGAUGGAAGUCGAAGCAAUGGAGCUAAGUAGUUCCAGUGGAAGUCCUCUCUCCGCUACUGGAAGCAGCAUCGCCAACGCCGGUGUCAAUAACACUUACAGCUAUCCAACCUUUCCCUAUUGCACUGCUACCAGUGCUGCGACCACGGUCACUACGACUGCGGCUGCGGCUUCAACAGCUGCUGUGACGACAGUUUCCGCCUCCACUGAUGCGAUCCAAUUUGGUCGGCUUUUACAUCAACAACAACCACCGCAACGGCUUUUGGUGCGAAUGUCGGUGAAGCUGAUACAAACCUACGAGACUAUCAAUGAGGUAAAUCGUCUGCUUCCACAGGAGGUCUACUUCCGCAAGAAACGACGGAGAGAGCAAGCUUGUGAAGAGAACCUCAUGAAACGCGACCGCAAGGGAGGUCACGAAGCUGCUGCUGUAACCACUGCUAACACCAACUCGACCAUUGGUCACUGUUGUGUCCUCACGGGUUCCGGAUGCAAUUCAAGCACCAAUAGCACUUCCAGUCGGUCCUGCUGUUGCCAAGUCCACCAUGGUCGGGCUGCCAAUGGAGCUGCAGGUGCGGCGGUUUGGAACGCUAGCGCUGCGCCGAAUCCCUUUCAACAGCAGCAACAACAACACCUUUAUGACGUCGGCAAUCGGCAACAGCAACAACCACAACAGCAACAACAGAAAGUGAGCUGUCCGACCUUUCCUAUCCCUCCUCCUCCUCCGCCCCCUCCUCCCCCUGCUGCAACAACAGUAGCAGCAGCUUCCAAUGUCUCUGCCGCAUCCUCCAAUGUCAUCUCUGUUCCACGAAGCGUUCAGGCUGCCGGUGGAAGCGGCAACAGCAGUAGCAGUGGUAGCAACCGUCUCCUUCGCCACCAAGGUGCAAACGACUUUCUCAAGAUUGGCAGUGUGUGGAUGGAUCGGUAUGAGAUCACCGAUAUAAAGGGAAAGGGCACCUUUGGACAGGUCUUUCGAGCGCACGACCGCAAGACGCACGAAGAGGUGGCCAUAAAGGUGAUCAAAAACCGUCGCCAGUUUCUCGCCCAAGCCGAGAUCGAAAUUAAGUUGCUGCGCGAGAUCGCACGCUUUCAGGAGAACGAGCAAAGGGCCGCCGAGGUGGGCGCCAACUAUGUCGUGAACCUGAAGGGCUACUUUACGUACCAAGGCCACUGGUGCCUGGUGUUUGAGUGCCUCUCCUACAACCUCUACGAGCUGCUCACCUAUACGCACUUUCGCGGCGUCUCCCUCCACCUCACCCUCAAGUUUGCGCGCCAACUAUGCGCUGCCCUGGUCUUUCUAUCCCGUCCUGAUGUGCGCGUGAUGCACUGCGAUCUCAAACCCGAGAACAUUCUUCUUGUCACACCCAAGCGCUCCGAUCUGAAGGUGAUCGACUUUGGCAGCUCCUGCCACGUCAACGAGAAUGUGCAUCAGUACAUCCAGUCUCGUUUCUAUCGCGCUCCCGAAGUCCUUCUCAACCUCGACUACGGCCUUAGCAUUGAUAUGUGGUCAUUGGGCUGCAUCCUUGUCGAAAUGCACACCGGUGAACCCCUUUUCUCCGGCUCAAAUGAGUUGGAACAGCUUCUGCAGAUAGUUGAGGUGUUGGGCCUGCCACCACUGUGGAUGCUGGAGAAGAGUCCGAAGCUGGAGCACUUCUUUGAGCGAGUCAGCGACUUUCCUCCAGCUAUCGCAACCUCCACAACUGCCUCUUCCACCUCGCUCUCUACCACGAUGACGAGUGUGCUAUCCACCUCCUCCGUUUCAUCCUCUUCCUCCUCCUCCUCCUCUACGACCUCCUCACAAGAUCGCAUGGAUACUACCUCUAUCGCAUCCGCGGCGUCCCUUCCUGGCGGUGGUGGUGGUGGUGGUGCAAAUUCCUCGUCGACACCGCCUUCCCCCUUCUCUAAGGCUUGUGUCACUAUCAGAGGCAUUGUCUAUCGACCGAGGCGAAUCUACACAAAGGGGAACAUGACAAUGAAGGUGAGAAGCGUAGCUCACUUGUCUUACCUCUUAUGGUGCUGGCAGUGCCGAUUCCAAGGCCCGCACACACGACCUCUACAGGAGGUGCUCGGCCGAGACACCGGUGGGCCGGCAGGUCGUCGACAGAAUGAGGAGGGUCACGCUCCUGAGGAUUACGACAAGUUCAUUGACCUCGUACAGAAGAUGCUGGUCUACGAUCCUCGACAUCGCAUUAAACCGGAUGAGGCUCUGGCUCACCGCUUUUUCGAGCGCAAGUCCUCCGUCUCGGCCUCUGUCAGUUCCGCUUCCGCUUCCACUGCCUUCGUCUCUACCGAAGGUCAUCCCGCGGUGAAUAGUACGGCGCCAACAGCGGCUACAAUAACAGCGACAACUAGUGCCAAUGUGGUUGCUGCGUUGGCAACAACUCCUAUGGUUGUCGUACCGAAGCGGUUUGCGGAGGAGGUUCCACCACCGACAGUUGGCAACACGUCGGGAGGCGGAAGAAGUCCAGCCUACCUGACUUUUGCGCCGAAUCAGCCGGAUCAGCCCUCAACAACGCAGCCACAGCCACAGCAACAACAACAGCUACAGUUGCAGCCGCAGCAGCAGUAG